CUUAUUUCUGCAUCCUAUACUUUCUCCUCCACUUAUUUUUUUUGGUUUCACGCCCUUGAAUCCUUGAAGCACUAAACUUUUUGUUUUUCAGACAGAAAAUAUUUUCCGAUCACAAUGGCUAUGAAGGAGAAGUCUAAAGACGUUAAACCCUCCACCGGAAAAGCUAACGCCGUCAAGGAAGUUCACUUCAGAGGUGUGAGAAAGAGGCCAUGGGGCCGUUGCGCCGAAAUCCGCGACCCCGGCAAGAAGAGCCGGGUUUGGUUGGGCACCUUCGAUACGGCGGAGGAGGCGGCGAGGGCCUACGACGCCGCCGCCAGAGAUUUCCGCGGGCCGAAAGCUAAAACCAACUUCCCUUCGCCGUCGGAGAUUCAGAGCCCGAGUAACAGUAGCACCGUGGAGUCAUCUAGUGGCGAUGGACCAACUCACGCGCCAGUUGAGCUUGACCUCACGCGCCGCCUUGGCGUAGCAGCUGGCAGUGAAAUCCCUAUACUUCAUCAUCCACAAGCUAUGGCCGUCUUGCCAAAUGGUCAGCCGGUUGUGUUUUUUCAGCCGAUGGCUCUGAACCGGGCCGAUUAUCCUUACCGGUUUGGACCUGUGGCGAUGGAUUAUGCUAACGUGGUUGGCCGUGGUCGUGGUGGCGGUGCUGUUCAUAGUGAUUCAGACACCUCCUCCGUCGUCGACGAUAAUAUAAGCGACGGCGACAACAUGAAGAGAGGAGGGGGGCUUGAUCUUGAUCUUAAUUUUCCACCACCUGUGGAAGCUUGAAGAGAAGGUUGAUGAGAUGACUAUCAAGUAAUAUUUUCAAAGUGAGAGAAGAGGGACUAACGGUUCAUUUUUUGUAUAUAUAGGAUGGUAAAUCAGUCUAAUUUGGAGUUUUUUUUUCCCCAAUUCCACGAAAAAAAAAAAAGAAAAAAAAAGGAAGAUUGGAGUUGUCUCUUUUUUUUUUUUUUUUUGCAGCCAAGAGGAAUUUUGUUGAAAUUCCUUGGAGUUGUUUCUCCAAUUGUAGUAUCAUGAUUAAUGAUCUAAUGAAAGAUUAAGUUAGAUUCCGCGUUAA